AUGUCACAAGUAAAGACCAGUAUCGACCUACCAGAUUUAGUAUCUCACAAUACAUCAAACGUUCAACGUUAUUCUCAUCCAGUUGAAAGUAUUCAAAGAAACCAAUAUUCAGUUGAUACUAGAUUAAAGACAUUCGCAGCAUCAAAUGUAUUUGGUCAACAUAUGGUAUUACAUAAUGAAAUUGAGAAGCAAAUCUAUUCUCAAUUCAAGAGAUUACCAACAUUAAAUAGUUCAAUGAUUGCUUUAGAGACUGUACUUGGUUUGGAUGAAGAUAUUGAUUUUGAGGAUUAUUUGAAUGAUCCAUUAAUGUCAGAGACACCAUUACCAACCUUACACUCACAAAUGGAAACUAAACUUGGAAUUGCCAUGCCAAAGAGUAUUAUUUAA